AUGUCGUUCGAUCAGCUCUCAAGCCUCGAGGCGGGCGCUCGCACCGGCUAUACCGACGACCCAGGAUUCCGCGAUUUACAGUAUGAGCUCAAGAACAAGCUACAGUCGCUGAUGGUCAGCAAUCGCAAGCUCGCAAGCGAUGUCGGUGUAUUGGGAACAAAGAAGGACACGCCGCGGCUGCGCGAGCGUGUCCACGGCACAAUGGAAAAGACCCGCGACAUCUGCAGAGAGUUGGGAGAGGGAGUCAAGAAGCUCCAGACUUGGGAGGAGCUGACCAAACAACAAAAAUACGAACAGACCAAAAUCUCCAGCGACUUCCAGGCAGCGCUCCAGGAAUUCCAAUCCCUUCAACGAAAAGCGCUCGAGAAGGAAAAAGCAUCUGUCAGCGCGGCGCGCACAGCUCACGACGCAGAACAGACCGGAGCGGGAUCUCCAUCGGGUGCGCCGCUUGAGCAAUUGCAGAGGCAAGAGUUUGCGCCGUUGGCGAAUCAGGAUGAGGUCGACUUCCAAGAGGCUCUGAUUAUCGAGCGCGAAGAGGAAAUCCGCAACAUUGAACAGGGCGUGGGCGAUCUCAAUGUGCUGUUCCGACAGGUUGCGCAGAUCGUCGACGAGCAAGGGGAGCAGCUCACAUCUAUCGAGGACAAUGUGCACAACGUUCGUGACGAUACCCGACAGGCAGACAUUGAAAAUCGCCAGGCCGCGCGAUAUCAAAAGGCUGCCCGCAACAAGGGCUGCUGCCUGCUUCUCAUCCUCGCAGUCAUCUUGACUAUUAUCAUCUUGGCUGUCGUUGUUGGUUGA